CGAGCUCACAAUUUCUCAUUCUAUACAGGGAAAUUUAUUCUUGUCGAUGAAUCAGCCAGAAGCAGCUGUAGCUGCCUAUAGAGGAGCCCAAGAAUUACGGCCUGAUCUUCGUUCCUAUCAAGGCUUAGUCCGUUCAUAUUUGGCACUUGCAAAAAUCAAAGAGGCUUUGCAUGCUGCAAGAGAGGCAAUGAAGGCCAUGCCCCAGUCAGCAAAGGCACUAAAAUUAGUUGGGGAUGUGCAUGCUAGUAGCACUAGUGGCAGAGAGAAGGCAAAGAAGUUUUACGAAUCUGCCCUCAGGCUGGAACCUGGUUUUCUUGGAGCUGCAUUGGCUUUGGCUGAACUCCAUGUUAUGGAAGGUCGAAAUGGAGAUGCAGUUUCUCUACUUGAGCGUUAUCUAAAGGAUUGGGCUGAUGACUCUCUACAUGUUAAGCUUGCUCAAGUGUUUGCAGCGACAAAUAUGUUGCAAGAAGGCCUUCUACACUAUCAGGCAGCAUUAAGGAUAAAUGACCAAAAUGAAGCUGCCAAGAAAGGAUUAGAGCGCCUAGAGAAACAGAUGAAGGGAGUGGAUCCCGAUGCUCCUGAAGAAGACGAAGAUAACGAGGUUGAUGAUGCCGAUGGUGACCAGGAAGAAACUGAGCUAUUAUGAUGAAUGUUGAAAGGUUUCGUCUGGUUCAGACUGGAAACAAUGUUCUUGUUUCUGUUCUUGCCAAUCAGGCAGAGAAUUGCCAGCAAAAAUGAUAUUCAAGCAGAAGAUUCAGCGUUUUUGGUUGUCCAGGGUGAUCUUGAAAAUCAAGAAUCCAGAUUAAAAGUAAGUGAUUUUUAAUCAAAAAAUGAACAUGGAGUCUUUGAACUCCUGUUUGUGGGUGUUGAGUACCCAAAUUGUAUCUGUACAUGUAAUCAACAAGAAGUCCUGGCCAAAGAUAAAAUCGAACACACAGAGUUUAGUGCAUGUUUAUUAUGUGGGACCUGAUAAUGGAUAAUCAUAUUGGGCACUACAUUCGUACAUGUUUGGUUCAGAAUUUAAUUUAAAUUUAAUGUGCCGCA